UGGCAUGAUGGGAAAUGAGCUCAAGGAUUGUCAGUUCAUUGGACAAAUAAGGAAGGGCCUGCCAUACAAUUAUAGGAGACAGAUAAGGAAAGCACAAAAGGGGAAUAAGCAGAAAAAGGGAGCCAGACUGGGAAAAGGUAAAAGGCAAGAGGCAACCCCAGAAGGAUUUACCAAGGUUGGGGCGGGGGAGGAGGGGAGAGUUCGACCAAUUGCAUGUUCUUUAGAUACUGAGAAGAAAAAAGUGGGAUAGAGGGGAAUUCUUCAGUGUUAACCAGGGAAUUUUCCCCCGGCUUAAAUGCCCAGUUAGGAGUAGGAGGCAACUGAUGGGAGGUUCCUCAACCCAGCCUGCUGCAGAGCCAAGAACAAGGAGACCACUUUUGUGCCAGCGGAUUGACAGUCCCAUGGAAGCAACGGCGGUUUCUCCUGGCAUGGCUGGCUUGAAGGGAAGCUGAUAAAAAAAGGCCUAUGUGGAAGUUUCAGAGGGCUCUGGAUCUGGAAGAGGAGAAAACUUGACUCAAAGAUUGUGGCUGAAGGGGCAGCAGUAAACCUGCAUGUUAUAGGCUAGGGAGGGUUCCUUUCUCUCUGCACCAGAUAGUCUAAUAUUUGGAAAGCAUACAGUGUGCCACUCUUGCUAGUAACUGGGCAUAAAGGAAUGAAUUAGCUAAGCACUCUGUUAUUUUCUCAAGUCAUAUUCAUAUCAGAAAAACAAUAUUGGGACUUCUAAGGGAUUCUUGCUUAAAAGCAAAAAGGAAGAUCUUCUCUCCACAAACAUUCACCUAAGUGAAGCGACACUUUCUUGGGCAUUUUUGCCAUGAGUCUGCAGGGAACACUCCUCCUGGGAUUACAAUGAGAUUGUUCAGAGCUCUUUAAAGCUGCAGUGCUUUGGGGAUUGUUUUGUGGGGGUGAGAGCUGUUUAGCCUUUUCUCCCAGUGACAUCUGGUGUUAUUUUGCUACCUACUCCAGAGUUAUUCUUGGCCUUGAAGUGGACUCCAAGGAUCAGAAAGAGAAGAUGUGGGCUUUCUCACACAUCAGCAGUCGCCAUUGCUCCAUUGCCACUGAUUUCAUUUGAAAGGGUGCCGGUAAGGAGAGGAAUACACCUGUUCACCUUUAUUUUUCUUGGAAUAAGCAAGCGGCAGAGAGCACUCUAGUAGAGAGGAUUUUUUCUUCCCUUUUGCACACAAAAAGAGAAUUGGUCUUCUUUCCUCCAAGCGGGAUGAAGAUGAGUGACUCGAGGGAAUAUGACAGUCAGGGGAAACCUGCUCUGUCUUUUUCUAUUGAGGAGAUCUUAAAGAAACCCUCUGUUAAGACCCACCUAAACAAUACACCAAGAACUAUCAGUAGUCACGUCAAAGCAGCUCCAGCCAUGGGAUCAGGGCCACAGCUGGAACUUGCCAUGGAUUCCAGCAGCAUGGGGAAAUCAGACAAUACUUUACCUUCAGCAAAGCCGCUCGGCUCUGCCUCCCCUUCUGCACUUGUGGUCAAGGCCAGCACAAUGCAGCCAGUUCACCGCAGGAGCCCCACCACCCUGGAUGCAAGCCCCACUGCUUUUCUCAGUGAGGAUGAUGUAUAUGAGCAGCUAGGAGGCAAGAGAAAACAUGAGGAAGAGGAGCUGUGUGAAUUCCCAGCAGACCAUUCUCUCCAGGAUGAGAGGAAAGGGAAGCGGCGAAUCCGGACGACAUUCACAGCAGAGCAGCUCCAGGAGCUAGAGAAGAUUUUCCAGGUCACUCACUACCCAGACAUUCAUAUCCGCACCCAACUAGCAGCAAAGAUCAACCUCCCAGAAGCCAGGGUCCAGAUCUGGUUCCAGAACCAGCGAGCAAAGUGGAGGAAACAUGAAAAAUGUGGCUAUUUCGGUGGCCUCCAGCAUCUGAGCGAGGCUGAUUUCAUUCCAGCUCCAAAGUUGGAAAUCACUGAAUCCAGCCCAAUGCUCAGGAGCGUCUGUGAUGCAGGCCCCCCCAUUCAAUAUUACUCACCAGCCCAAAGAUAUCUGACACCAGCCUGGCUGCCCCACACUUUGCCUUUUGCUCCCACACACUUGGACCCACUGCUCUUCCCUCAGUGUUAUCUGUUCUUUCACCACCUUACUCCAUACGGCAUCCCUCUGUCCCAGAAGACUGAAUGGAACAGUAUUUGCGCCAGUUCCACAUAGAAAAAGAUGAGGAGGAGCAGAGGUGAUAGGGGGCAUCCUUUGGUCACUUCUGACAGAUCAUAUUCAUGGACAGGUAGGGUUCUCUUUGGAACAGGGCUGCCCAGACUUUGGAUGCCCUGUGCUGUGAAGUUGGCAUGGCAUAGCAAUAAUACUGUAGCCACAAGCCAAGGCUGAACUAACACCACAGCGGACCACAGAACCUUGGAAAAUGCUCUAUAAUCAUCCUUCAGAAGAGUGUGCUUUGUUGAAACAAUAUGGGUUUCCUGAGGACAUGUACCUAAUGGGAGGGUGCGUUAAGCCAUCCUGCUAAAGAGCUGAAGCUUUCUCCAGCCCUGAGAAAACACCGGAUGAUCUCGUUGCACAGAUGAUCUGGGACACUGAGAUUUUAGCAGGUGUUGAAGCACAUGUAGUGAUGGUCACUACAAAAACCAUGGCUAUUCUUUUGAUCAAAAUGGCUGGCCUGAGUAGAUGUGGGUCUCUUUUCCUACAAACUUCACAUUGGUCCUGUUUUGCUAGGAGGAAGAAGAGCGUGUUUAGAUCAAAGAUCAAACUUAACUUGUUUUCUCUGGAAUGGGAGGAUUUGGUUUGCUUGUUGUAUUUUGACUUGAAUAAAAGA